AUGUUCCUGCAAGUUGCCACAGUAUCAGAUAUCACCACGGCUGAUGGCCGCUAUAUCCGGCAAUGCAUCUGGAACGGUUUCCGCGACGAUACUUAUUGGACUCCAUAUAACUGGCCUCGAACGGUACGACCUGGGCGUCCAUAUUGGGAACUCUGGCAAAGAACACUGUCCCGCGCGCUCUUGCCUUCACACGGUCAGCACCACCCUCUGCUCCAACCCCUGGGACAUUGGCACGACAACUUUGAGUCUUGGAACUGGUUCUGGUCGCCGACUGUUGGUUUGUUUCAUCGGGAGGGGGCUGCAUGGACCCAUCUCGCCCUUGUAGGUUCCUCUACAACUUCUUGGCGAUAUGCUCCAUCUGGCAGUCACAGUGGUACGGCUAGCCUACGACGACCAAGGUCUUGGUGGACUUGCCCUUUGCCUUCUGACGUCCUGUGUGCCACAGUGAGGCCCCUCUCCGGUAGCGACUGGGUGCUCCUCACUGGCACAGGUCUCCCAACCUUGCCUUCCUCCGCAUUUACCCCCUCCAUCCUCAACGCCUGGCAAGCCUCUGCCGACCUCUGCACAGACUACUAUGGGUGGGUCCCUGAUGAGAUUGAGGUACAUGGUGAUGAGGCUGCCUUGGCCGAUGCCCUAAUCCAGGGCCGCCUCAGAAUCAUCAGCGAUGGGUCAUACAAAAAUGACCUGGGAUCUGCUGCUGUCCAGCUCCUUCCCAAAGGGGGAACUGCUCGCAUUGUCAUCCGUUGUCAAACUCCAGGCCUACCUCAGGAUCAGAGUGCCUAUCGUAGCGAGCUGAUUGGCCUUCUGGCCGGGAUUAUGGCGGUCGACUGGCUCCUCCAACAAUGGUUCCCAGCCCUUAGCCAGCGGCCGGGUGUCAAGAUCGCCUGCGACGGCCUUUCGGCCAUUGAAAUGGCCUUUGAAGAUCGACCCCUUUCACCCACUGAUGCACAAUUUGACCUGAUCUCUUCCAUCCGGGAAGCCAUCUCUCGGUCUCCGGUGUCUUGGUCUCCACGGCAUGUCUACGGACAUUUGGACAAGUCCAACUUAUUUGAUGAACUCACUUGGUGGGAAAAGAAAAACCUGGAGGUGGAUGGCAUGGCAGUGGAUUUCCGCAAGGAACUAGAGGCGGCCCACCAACUUAUCCCCCCCAACCCUCGGUUCUUCACGGAACUGGCAGCUCUUUUUGUGGCUGACACAAAGCAGUCUCGGCUGAGUGACCACUUCAUUCAGGAGUGCGUGACACUCCCCCGCCUGCGGCAACAAUGGAGGAACCGUAAUGUGAUCUCUGAGGAGUCUGAAAACCUUAUUGACUGGGAGACACUGGGCCGCGCUAUGCGGUCGUUACCUGCCGGACUCCAGCGCUGGAUUACAAAACAUUGGGUGGGCAUGUGCGGCACGGGGAAGUUCAAAGUGUAUUGGGGCCUAGCAUCCUCCGCUGCGUGCCCGCGGUGCGGCGAGUUUGAAGAUCACUUGCAUGUUCCCCGUUGCCCAGCAGCCCCGGCUAGGGACGAAUGGGAUCGGAGGGUGACCGCUCUCUCGCUCUGGAUGGAUGCAAUACUCCUUCUGCUUCAGGGUGUUCGCGAUUCAUCACGUCCCCCUUGUUUGGUCUCUCGGACCAUUCGCCCGGCCUUUCUGGCACAGGAAGCUAUUGGGUGUCAGGGACUUUUGGAAGGCAGACUAGCCUCCUUGUGGCUGUCUCUGCAACAAAAUUAUUUUGACAAGAUUCACAGUUGUCAGUCGGUUUCUCUGUGGGCCUCCCGUCUCUCCCAGCAACUCAUCUCCAUUGGGUUCUAUAUGUGGGAACAACAGAACGCCGUUCGCCAUUCGGAUGACAAUGUUCAGCUCCGUGAACGUCACUGCGUUGUCAACGAGGGGAUUCACUCUCAGUUUGAUAUGGGUUCAGCUGAUUUACCUCCGGAUAUUAGACGCAUGCUGACAUGCCGUCACAGCGUCCUCCGUAAGUCACUGGUGGACAAGGAAGAAUGGCUGAAGCUACUUUGA